ACUUUCAUGACGUAGUACGCGUGUUGAUGAUAAUGGCUUCGAUAUGCAGGGCACUGCACAUCCUCAAGCAUUAUAGAUGUGCAGAAACAUGGUCAUUUCGAUCCACGAGCGUGAUUGCUACAAAAAGAUGGAAAACAUCAUCAGUUCCGCCAAAGCAUACAGCUCCCAUUAAACAGAGCUACAUUGAGGACAGGCCACAGUUUCCUGGUUCUAAAACAAGAAGCUGGAGUGAAAAGCUCGAAUUUACACAACCUGACAUCUAUGAUGGGAUUCCAGUGUAUAGGGUGAUGAACAGAGAGGGCAAGAUUCUCGACCAGAGCCAAGAUCCACAGCUGAGCCAGGAGAUGGUAACAAAUAUGUACAGGAAAAUGACUUUGUUAAACACCAUGGACAGAGUUUUAUAUGAAUCCCAGCGGCAAGGUAGAAUUUCAUUUUACAUGACAAACUUUGGAGAAGAAGCUACACAUAUUGGGUCAGCAGCAGCUCUGAAUGACAAAGACCUUGUGUUUGGACAGUACAGGGAAGCAGGGGUGCUGAUGUGGAGGGGGUUCCACUUGGAGCAGUUCAUGGACCAGUGUUAUGCUAAUAUAGGAGAUAGUGCAAAGGGACGACAGAUGCCAGUGCACUAUGGCUCAAAAGAUCUCCAUUUUGUUACCAUUUCCUCCACAUUAGCUACUCAGAUGUGCCAGGCUUCUGGAGCAGCAUACUCAUUUAAGCGCGCACAGAAUGGACUUUGUGUUAUGUGCUAUUUUGGUGAGGGAGCAGCCUCAGAGGGAGAUGCACAUGCUGCCUUAAACUUUGCUGCCACCCUGGAUUGCCCUGUGCUGUUCUUUUGUCGUAAUAAUGGUUAUGCUAUUUCUACACCAACAAAAGAUCAGUACAGAGGGGAUGGUAUAGCGGCACGUGGCCCAGGCUAUGGUAUGGCAGCUGUUAGAGUCGAUGGUAAUGAUGUUUUUGCAAUGUAUAAUGUCACAAAGGAAGCAAGAAAAUUAGCAGUUGAGGGAAGCAGACCUAUACUUAUAGAGGCCAUGACUUAUAGGUUGGGUCAUCACAGCACCUCGGAUGACAGCACAGUGUACAGGUCAGUAGAUGAGGUCAACUACUGGGACAAGCAGGACCACCCCAUAUCCAGACUACGCUACUACAUGGUCAACAAGGGCUGGUGGAAUGAUGACAUGGAGAAGGAAUGGAUGAAAGAAUCAAGAAAACAGGUAAUGGAAGCGUUUCAAAAGGCAGAGAAGAAGAAAAAACCUAACCCAGAGCUCAUGUUUAGUGACGUGUAUGAUGAGGUGCCCUUGCACUUAAAAAGACAAAUGGAAGAAAUGAAGGGACAUGUUUCUAAAUACAGAGAAUACUAUCCAUUGGAUAACUUCGAAAAAUGGGACUCAUGAGAAGGGCAAGUAACUCUCCACUGACUGUAAUGGGGAAAAAGAUGAAAUGCAUAAGAUGCAAAUUAUUUGUAUCAAAAUAAUGGGAAAUUUGUGAUAGCAAUUCAUCACAUAUAUUAACAAGUCAUGUUCAAAACAUUUCAACUUCAUGAAUUGUGUAAGCAUUGAGACUUGUAUUGAAAAUGGAUGUAUUGUUUUGAUUGAAGGGAGAUGAAAUUGACAUAGGGCAUGAGGGAAAAAAAAGAGGCCACAUCAUUGUAUGUAUUUAUUUAUUUAUAAUCUUUUAAAGUAUGGUGAAGGCAAAAGAUACAUGUGACAUGUGUGAAAUGUGUGGCCACUUCAUAUCUAAAAGUGGGACAUCUGAAACAAGGGCACUUUGACAGUAGCUUAAACUACUGCUGCAUUUUUUUUUUUUUCAAAUUUAUACUUAUACCAGGUAUCUAAUGACAAAAAAAAAUUGUCGGUGAGAUAAAAGUGAAUUUUUUGAUUAAGUGUUUUAGCACAUGACUUGUACAUGUAAAAUGGAGAUUAAGGCCAAGCAGACGGGGAUGUGGCUGAGCUUAAGAGGUAGCAUUUGAGACUGUGAAUAAAACUGAAGAUAUUGCUUAUUUAUGUAAAAAGCAUUUGUUAUAAAUAAAACUCGAAAAAAAGCUGUUUGUCAAAUGUAGUCAUUUAUAAUGGCUCAAACCUAUUCUAGAGAGCUACAUGUACAUUAAGCAAGUUGUGAGGAGUUAUCAGCAUUAUUUGUUAUUUUUGUCUGAUAAAAUUGUCGAACUAACUUCAUCCACAAACUUUGAACAUCAUUUUUGCUCAUGUGAUUUAAUUAAAACAUAAUAGAUGGGAGAUGUAGUUGACUUAACUGUAUGCAGGAAUUUUCAGGUUCAGGAGUUAUACUUAAUACACAUAUUGCUGUGCUUGGUUGUACAUGUUCCUGUGAACACCAGUAUCUGAGGCACCACAAUAACUUUCAGCUGUGGAUGACCCCUGUAGAAGGACAUGGGGUCAGCAUUUUAAAUAAGAAACAAUAAAGCAUAUUUCUAAUGAUAAUAUCAUGACAUGUUGAUCCGUGCUUUCUUUCUCCAGACUUACUGGUUUUUUGUUAUAACAUAUGUUUUUAUUUAAAAAGUUGGUUAAUGGGGCAGUUCUUGAUCAUGUUAAAAUUUCAAAUCCAAGCACCCAUUUGUUGAUUUUUUGAACCUACAAAAUUGUAUGUUAGGCCAUCAUAUUCAGUAAAUUAUUGCACUGGCAUUUUGAAUAUUGCAUGUGGUGUUACUGAGCUAUAGUAAUAAACAGUAAUAAAAUG